GGGUGGAACAUUCACGAGAUUCCCUUACUGUUCCGGCCCCACUUGAAGGGGUACUUGGCAACAUCGUCUCCUUGACGCUCACCGCCACUUCACCCCUGACCACCAGACAUGGUCCGCAAAGGUGUCAGAAAGUCACGGUACAAAACGAAACAUCGCAGUAGAGACAUAGAUCAAAUUUAUGAGGAUGUGGCACCAGAGAACGUGGUUCGUCGAAUCACUGAAGCCACUAAACCAGACGACGACUUGCCUGGUCUUGGUCGGUUCUUUUGCGUUCACUGUGCAAAGUACUUUAUCAAUCAGAGUACCCUGGAUCGGCACAAGCUGAGCAAGCCACACAAGAGACGAUUAAAACUUCUACUGGAAUCUCCACAUUCUCAAGUGGACGCAGAUUGGGCCGCUGGUCUCCACAGGGAUGAAAGCCAUAUGCCCAGUAAGAAGCGCCUCCUGGCUUCGGAUGAAGAGCUGUCAGCCAUCACAUGCAACCGACUUGAAGCGACCUAUGUUUGUGCUGACUAAUUACACUGUUUUCUUGUGUAUAUUCUUGUCCACUUCUGAUAGUCUACAGGACCCAUUAGCAGCACGAGUGAAUUUCCUGCGCAUUGUAAAAUAAACAAUGUC